AGGCGCAGAUCAGGCUGUUUGUCCAGUUUCGCUGGUUGACUUUUACCUUUCAGCUCGGAGCCGACUUUCCCAUUCUCAUGCGGGGCUUUUAAAGCUUGUCGACCCGCUGGCAGGGGUUCCAGUACCGGUCCAGAUGCCGUGUAAGACUUUCCUCCGCCCUCCCCGGAGCGGGUGACUCAGGGGUCCCCACUGCGGAGCGUCCAAGGCGGGAUUGUAGUGUCAGUGCGGCAGGCAGGCAGGCAGGCAGGCAGGCAGGUGCACCCGGCCGGGAGAGGAAAUCAACUGGUUGGCUUCUUCCAUUAGCAUGCGAGUCAAGUCGCAGCGUCCAGUCUGAACCGCCACAAGUCUUCUCUUCGCCUGCCGACCGACUCACUCUUUGCUCCGGGGAGCAGGCGGGACGCCUCCCCCCUCUCCAGCUUCCAGCGAAAGGAAAGAUGAUGGGCUUUUUGCGCCGGACGUUCAGCCGCCGCUCAAGAAGCCGCUUUCAGACGAGAGAGAGGGACGAGCGGGACGGUAAAGGAGGCGGAGGGGCGGCCGGCGGGAACCCCCUGCUCAUGGCCCACCAGCAGCAGGUAGUCCACGCGCCGGCUGUGGUCACCGGUGGAGCAGCGGUUCAUAUCCCGGCGGGUGGGACGGCGAAGACGACUAUCACCUGCCGGGUGUUGCUGCUGGACGGCUCGGAUGUCAGUGUGGAUUUGCCUAGCAAAUGCAAAGGCCAGGACCUUUUUGACCAAAUCAUGUAUCACAUAGAUCUGGUGGAGGCGGACUACUUUGGGCUACAAUACAUGGACUCAGAUCAAGUUUCGCACUGGCUGGAUAUGUCCAAGCAAAUCAAGAAAGAGAUCAAAGAUGGGCCACCAUUCCGACUCUUCUUCAGAGUGAAAUUUUACUCCUCAGAGCCAAAUAACCUGCGUGAGGAAUUCACAAGGUAUCUGUUUGUGCUGCAGCUUCGACAAGAUAUUCUGUCUGGCAAACUGAAAUGUCCAUAUGAUGUCUCAGUAGAGCUGGCUGCGUACUGUUUGCAAAGCGAGCUGGGAGACUGCGAUCCCUUGGACCACUCUCCCGAGCUGGUGUCGGAAUUCCGCUUCACUCCGAAACAAAGUGAGGCAAUGGAGGCGGACAUCUUCAGCAGGUGGUUGGACCUCAGGGGGAAGAGUCCCUCCCAAGCUGAGAUCUCCUUCCUCAACAAAUGCAAGUGGCUGGAGCUUUACGGAGUAGAUAUGCACUUUGUUAAGGGCAGAGAUGGAGGUGAUUACGCACUUGGUCUCACUCCCACUGGCAUCUUGGUGUUUGAGGGCUCCAACAAAAUCGGCCUCUUCUUUUGGCCCAAAAUCACACGUCUGGAUUUCAAAAAGAGCCGACUCACUUUAGUGGUGGUGGAAGAUGACGAUCAGGGCCGCGAGCAGGACCACACCUUCGUGUUCCAGCUGGCCAGCUCCAAGAGCUGCAAACACGUGUGGAAGUGCGCCGUGGAGAGCCACGCCUUCUUCCGGCUACGCCAGCCAACCACGGGCAAGACUAGCCGCAGUGACUUCACGCGACUCGGCUCCCGCUUCAGAUUCAGUGGUAAAACAGAGUACCAGGCCACUCACAGCAGCCGACUGAGGCGAGCCAGCACAUUUGAGAGAAGGCCGAGCAAACGCUACCCCUCCCGCACACAGUCGCUGGGCAAAGUUGCUGCAAUCUCCCCAGUGAAGCCACCUCACAUCAGUCCUGAUCCCAGCCUACAUGCAUACCAGCACAACAUGCCGAUGGUGGGUCACGAGGCGUGGCGCCCAAUGGCUCACACCACCCUCACGCCCUCCAUUUACCUGCAUCCCUCCGGACACACGGCGCCGCACAGCUUCCCUCUGAGCGGUCCCGCCUCUGACCAUCAACUAAACAUGGAACAGAAUGAGACGUCAUAUUCCGGCAAAGUCCAUCGGCGCCAUCGGCGCCACACACACAGCCAGGACACACUCUGCCACACGCACAAUAGGAUCAAGUGUCGAGCUUCACCCUGCCAAGGAAAAGACUUGGACAUGUCUCCAUCUCUCCGAAAGACCGUGGAGUCAGACAGCGAGUGUCCACCGUGGCCUUCGCUGCUCCUCAACAUGGACAACAAGGGAGAAGAGAAGCAGCUCUCGGAAAAGUCUCUCCAUCCUCCCGCCGCCUCCUCUCCGGCUCUGCAUCCUGACCACCUUAAGUGUAACAUUUUCAAAGCUCAGAUGGAGGCUGCUUUCAGGAAGGAAGGUUCAUCAAGUCCAAGAGGGAAGAACUCUAAUGUGCCUCUCAAGGACAGGUAUCAGAACUCCUCUCAAGACUCGCUGGCGUCCAAUUUGCCUGGAGACAAACUGUCCCUCAGACCAGACGCAACUUCCAGCGCGAGCACCAACCGCAGGAAACGUCUCGUCAGACAGUUCAGCUUUAACCAUGAAGAUGAAGACAAUCUUCCUGAAGCACUCGCGGCCAUCUCCUGUGAGAGCACAGCCAAGUCAGGCUCUAGCAGCUCACUGGACAAACAAGUACAGCCGUCUAUUUACCCACAGGUGGAUAAUGUGCCAACAUUGACAGGGGGUAGUCCAUGCUGUGUCUCUCCUUUGCCUUCUCCCCACUGCUCUCCUUCUUGCUACUGUAGUCCCCUCCCGCACCUGGUCCCUUACCUUGCAGCCCAUCACGACAGAAGACUACCUCUUUUAGAAGAGACGAUUUGUUCUUUUUUUCCAAUAUCUCCUCCUCCUCCUCCACCACGACGACGUAUGCUCGACCACUCCUCUUCAAAGGUAAAUAACAUUUAUCAUUACGUAUUAUUAUAUCAUUUUUAUUAUUGUUUUUUUCAUUAAUUAUCCUUGUUUAAUAUUACUACUGCAUCCAAACUCAUAUUUACAUACAUACGCAUAUACUGUAUAUGUAUACACGUACAUGUAGUACCUAUAUCAUUGGUAAUAUUACCUUUUCCCCUACUUAAGAACGAUUCAACAUAAGAACGGUCGUCUGGAACCAAUUGUGUUCGUAAGUUGGGGACCUAGUGUAUUUGCAUGUUGAAUGCGAGUGACCUUUUGUCCCACUUUGUUUAUCAGUCCUUGAACACACCUUCUUGUCCCACACUGUACAGAUAGACUAGUAUACUGCAUUUUUACCCUUUUUCUUUCACCUCAUAUUUGGACCCAAAUGCUGAUACUAUGUGGGAAUGCAUAAAGGUAACGUCUGAUGACCUAAUUGAGUGCUAAUAUGCACAUUUGUGGUACACAACCUCUCUGAAAAAACAAGUCCAGGCUCAUACUGGUGGAUGGAGGGUCUGUAUUCAUUUUGUGCUUUUAAUUUGAUGUUGUUCCUGUCAUAGUUUUACACAAUACAUAAUAAAUAAGAUUAAUUUCGAUCGCUAUAAUGUAUAUAUGUUUUACUGAUGUGUCGAUGAAAAGCUAGUUUUCUGCUAAUGCUAGCUAAUGUUCGUGCUGCUAGCUCUUCAGCUAUGAUCACAUUGACAGAAGUCCCCAAAUAGUUGUCCUCGGCCAUGCCUGCCAUUAACUAGCAGCUCGUACCCAAAUUUUAGCUUGCAGUUCCAAGCAGAAAAUCAGCUGAGGACGGUUGGGCCACUCGUAUGCCUAGGUACCUCUGUAUAAAUGAUAAAAAUGAUAAAAAAUACCGGCAGUGCUUGGGUACCUUCUCGCUUCUCUGGCAAGUCGACGUAGUCCGUGACAGUUCCAAUCAAGUUGACACUCAUGGGCCACUUCAGUGGGUAUACCAGCACAAUGCAGUAUAUGCAUAAAACAAAUAUGCCUUUGGUGCACACGUCAUAUUGACAGACGUUUAUGCCAGGGUCUGAAUAUUAGGGACAGCUCUUGGUAUGAUGCGGCGCCCCUGCAAACUCCAACCACGAGAAUACACGUAUUGUGAAAGAAAUACCCUGAACAUCGUGAAGCGUUGUAAAAGAUCUCAUUUUAGAUUGUGCAACUGUACCUAAUAUUAUGUCUGUUGGGUGUUUUUGUGGACUAAAUCUAAUCUUUUUUGCUUGUGUCCGCGCGUGUGUGCGUGUGUGUGUGUGUGUGUGUGUGUGUGUGUGUGUGUGUGUGUAGUAGUGGAGAAGAAAUGUGUGUGGACAGAGAGAAGAUAUUAAGAGCCCUCUUAAUGACCGAGCUCUGAGACCAUGACCUCUGACCCCCCCCCUCCCGGGAACCACUCCAAAGGCUUUGGCUGCAAUCAACAUUUGUGAAUAUUUAUUUUCCACAAAUGAUAUUUGCUUCAGUGUUCCUUUAGGCUCUUUCUAUUCAUCCAAUGGAAACGAUGAUACUGCAAGGGUGUCCAAAGUGCGGCCCGGGGGCCAUUUUUGGCCCACGGCUUGUUGUUUUUUUAACUGUCCCUUGGCAUAUUGUAACAAUAAAUGUCAUUAUUAAUGAGAUAUAUUGUUAGGUAUUACACUCAUUUGCUUGUCACCUAUAACACAAAGCUAAGUUGCGAUGUUUUCUUGCAAUAGCUUAGCAUUUAUUGACCUACAUUGGAUUGACUUUGACAUCUUUAAUGUACAACAUUUAGCAAUGUGCCCCCCCCCAUCCUUUGAUUUUUUUCAGUAUGUAUUAAAAGCUUCGACACCCCUGAUGGUGCAUGCAUGAUAUUAGCAUACAUACAUAUACACUAUAUACAUACAUACACUAUAUACAUACUGUACAUACUAUAUAUAUAUAUAUAUAUAUAUAUAUAUAUAUAUAUGUGUGUGUGUGUAUGUGUAUGUAUAUACUGUAUAUAUAUGUAUAUACAUAUAUAUACUGUAUAUACAUAUAUAUACUGUACAUACAGUGGUGUGGAAAAGUGUUUGCCCUCUUCCUGAUUUCUUUUUUUUUCAUGUUUGUCACACUAAAAUGUUUCAGAUCAUCAAACUAAUUUAAAUAUUAGAGUGACAACACAACUGUACACAAAAUACUUUUUUUUUUUAUUAUUAAGGGAGAAAAAUAAUCCAAACCCACAUGGCCCUGUGUGAAAGUGAUGGCAUCCCUCUUAAAACAUAACUUAACUGAGAUGAAUUGAGAUCUAUCAGUCUGGAAAAGGUUAUGAAGCCAUUUCUAAAGCUUUGGGGCUCCAGCAAACCACAGAGAGAGCCAUUAUCCAUAAAUGGCCAAAACAUGGAACAGUGGUGAACCUUUCCAAGAGUGGCCGGCCAAUCAGAAUUACUCCAAGAGCGUAGCAACAACUCAUCCAAGAGGUCACAAAAGACCCCACAACAACAUCCAAAGAACUGCAGGCCUCACUUGCCUCAGUUAAGGUCAGUGUUCAUGACUCCACCAUAAGAAAGUCACUGGGCAAAAACGGCCUGCAUGGCAGACUUCCAAGACCAAAACCACUGCUGAACAAAAAGAACAUUAAGCUCGUCUCAAUUUUGCCAGAAAACAUCUUGAUGAUCCCCAAGACCUUUGGGAACAUACUCAAUAGACAAAAGGUGAACUUUUUGGAAGGUGUGUGUUCCAUUACAUCUGUUGUAAAAGUAACGCCACAUUUUAGAAAAAGAACAUCAUACCACAGUAAAAUCUGGUGGUGGUAGUGUGAUGGUCUGGGGCUGUUUUGCUGCUUCAGGACCUGGAGGACUUGCUGUGAUAAAUGGAACCAUGAAUUCUGCUGUCUACCAAAAAAUCCUGAAGGAGAAUGUCCGGCCAUCUGUUGGUGACCUCAAGCUGAAACCAACUUGGGUUCUGCAGCAGGACAAUGAUCCAAAACACACCAGCAAGUCCACCUCUGAAUGGCUGAAGAAAAACAAAAUGAAGACUUUGGAGUGGCCUAGUCAAAGUCCUGACCUGAAUCCUAUUGAGAUGCUGUGGCAUGACCUUAAAAAGGCGCUUCAUGCUGGAAAACCCUCCAAUGUGGCUGAAUGACAACAAUUCUGCAAAGAUGAGUGGGCCAAAAUUCCUCCACAGCGCUGUAAGAGACUCAUUGCAAGUUAUCACAAACGCUUGAUUGCAGUUGUUGCUGCUAAGGGUGGCCCAACCACUCACUAGGUUUAGGGGGCAAUCACUUUUUCACACAGGACCAUGUAGGUUUGGAUUUCUCCCUAAAUAAUAAAAUGUUUCAUUUUAAAAAAUGCAUUUUGUGUUCAGUUGUGUUGUCAUUGACUAAUAUUUACAUUUGUUUGAUGAUCUGAAGCGUUUAAGUGUGACAAACAUGCAAAAAAAUAAGAAAUCAGGAAGGGCGCAAACACUUUUUCACACCACUGUAUAUACUGUAUGUAUAUACUGUAUGUAUAUACUGUACUGUAUAUACUGUAUGUAUAUAUACUGUAUGUAUAUACUGUAUGUAUAUACUGUUUGUGUAUAUACUGUGUGUGUAUAUACUGUCUAUGUAUACAGUAUAUACUGUGUAUAUACUGUGUGUAUAUACUGUGUGUAUAUACUGUAUUAUUUUCAGCCCUUCAGGACUUAAACAACUUGAAUGUAUUUCACUUAAAACAUCUUUUACAAGAGCUUGUCCACUUGCUCCUAAUGCAGCGACGGAGGGUCAGUUACACUGUAUGGACGAAAGUCAUGGGACACCUGGCCAUUACAGGAAGUGAAAGUGGAGUACUCACGUACAGUAUUUCGCAGCUGUAAGAGCAGGAUGUGUGUUUUUUUGUCCAUUUUUUGUCAUCUAUUUCUAUUUUAUUGUAUAGCCGGUGUUGCUCCGCACCUUACUCAUCACAACAUGCCUUCAUGCACAUUGCUUUGUGGAUCGGUGCACAGGAAAAUGUAUUUCUUGUCCAAAAUGUGUUGUUAAGAUAAAUAAUUACAACUCCAAGGAUUAACUAAGAGACAGUUUGACUUUUUUUUCCUUCCUUGUAUCAUCCUAUGCACGCUGUUUUAUGGUGCAAAGUCAUUCAUUCACUUCUCAGAAAGUUCAUCACACUUUUAAUGAGGAAAUGAAAUCCGGCCCAUGAAGGUAUUGUAAAUGCUUGGUGAUGCUUUAUUUAUUUAUUUAUAGUUCACUAAAGUAAAGAAUAAAUACUUAAAUAAACAAUGCACUGUAUUGCAAUCCUUUUUGGAAUAAUGAAUAAUAGUAACAGUGAAAUUUAUGUAAAAAAAAAAUAACACAUUUUCUAUUGUCACUGGCGAUACUACUACUUUUGGACGUUAUUUUCAUUAUUAAAGAUUUAAAAUCAUCUUGAAAAAAAACCCAUUCCAUUUUAUUAUUUUAUAUAUAUUUAUUAUAUUUUACAUUAUUAUUUAAUUACACUAUUGUUCAUUUGUUUAUUUCAUUAUAGUAGCAAAAGAAAAUGUAACUAUAGGUUGUUUUUUUUAAAUACAUUUGAAUAAAGUAAUAAGAGUGUCUAAAACUCUGAGAUAAUAAAAACUCUGCAAUGGUUAUUCCAAUGAGUUCUACUGUUAAUAUGUAUG